GUGCCAGAGAACCAUUUCCCUGGUUGCAAGCUGGGAUUCCAUCCCCAGAGAUCCACCCCCCUCAAUUCUCAAAGCUCCAGCGCCUUUUUACCCAAGCACCUUCAUAAAGCUGGAAAACACACUGACUGACUCCACAAGGGAUUAGAGAGAUGUCAGAAGAAGAGAAUGGAGGAAACUCUUCAGAGGAGGAUAGGAGCUGUAUUCCUGUGGGUGUUUUUAGUAUAUGGAGCUGAAAUCCAGAUUCAGGAUGCAAAAGAAUCAAAAUACUUCAGUAGGAACUUGCAAGUGGCUUGACACAAUGGUAGCUCUUUCCUUGAAGAUCUGUGUCCGCCAAUGCAAUGUAGUGAAGACGAUGCAGUUUGAACCAUCCACUGCAGUGUAUGAUGCCUGUAGAGUUAUUCGUGAACGCGUGCCAGAGGCUCAAACAGGGCAAGCCUCUGACUAUGGAUUGUUUUUGUCAGAUGAAGAUCCUCGAAAAGGUAUAUGGCUGGAGGCUGGAAGAACGCUUGAUUAUUACAUGCUGAGAAAUGGGGAUGUAUUGGAGUACAAAAAGAAACAGAGACCUCAGAAAAUACGUAUGUUGGAUGGUUCAGUGAAAACAGUCAUGGUGGAUGAUUCUAAAACAGUCGGUGAAUUGCUGGUUACCAUUUGCAGCAGGAUAGGAAUAACAAAUUAUGAGGAAUAUUCCUUAAUCCAGGAGAGCAUCGAAGAGAAGAAAGAGGAGAGUACAGGGACGCUUAAGAAAGAUAGGACGUUGUUGCGUGAUGAAAGAAAAAUGGAAAAACUGAAAGCAAAGCUUCAUACAGAUGAUGACUUAAAUUGGCUAGAUCACAGCCGAACAUUUAGAGAACAAGGAGUUGAUGAAAAUGAAACACUACUGUUGAGACGAAAGUUCUUUUAUUCAGACCAGAAUGUAGAUUCAAGAGAUCCUGUUCAACUUAAUUUGCUUUAUGUUCAGGCUCGUGAUGACAUUCUGAAUGGUUCCCAUCCUGUCUCCUUUGAGAAGGCCUGCGAAUUUGGAGGCUUUCAAGCACAGAUCCAGUUUGGACCUCAUGUAGAACACAAGCACAAACCUGGAUUUUUAGACCUAAAAGAAUUCCUGCCUAAAGAAUAUACCAAACAAAGAGGGGCUGAAAAGAGAAUAUUUCAGGAGCACAAAAAUUGUGGUGAGAUGACUGAAAUAGAAGCCAAAGUGAAGUACGUGAAGCUAGCCCGUUCCCUGCGGACCUACGGAGUGUCAUUUUUUCUUGUUAAGGAAAAAAUGAAAGGCAAAAACAAGCUGGUUCCUCGUUUGCUGGGUGUCACCAAAGACUCAGUGAUGCGUGUGGAUGAGAAGACCAAGGAAGUGUUGCAGGAAUGGCCACUGACAACUGUGAAACGCUGGGCUGCCUCACCUAAAAGCUUCACUCUGGAUUUUGGUGAAUAUCAGGAAAGCUAUUACUCAGUACAGACCACCGAAGGAGAGCAAAUCUCUCAAUUAAUUGCAGGUUACAUUGAUAUCAUCCUGAAAAAGAAACAAAGUAAAGACAGAUUUGGGCUUGAAGGUGAUGAGGAAUCAACCAUGUUGGAAGAAUCUGUUUCACCUAAGAAAUCUACCAUCUUGCAGCAGCAGUUCAACCGAACAGGGAAGGUGGAGCAUGGCUCUGUGGCACUACCAGCUGUUAUGCGUUCAGGGUCCAGUGGCCCAGAGACUUUCAACAUUGGCAUCAUGCCUUCUCCGCAGCAACAAGUCACAAUUGGUCAGAUGCACAGAGGACAUAUGCCCCCGCUUACCUCAGCUCAGCAGGCCUUGAUGGGGACUAUUAAUACCAGUAUGCACGCUGUUCAACAGGCACAAGCUGACCUUAGUGAAGUUGAUAACCUACCACCUCUAGGACAGGACAUGGCAUCAAGAGUAUGGGUUCAGAACAAGGUUGAUGAAUCAAAACACGAAAUACACUCUCAGGUUGAUGCUAUCACUGCAGGAACUGCAUCUGUUGUUAACCUUACAGCAGGGGACCCAGUUGACACUGAUUACACCGCAGUGGGAUGUGCAAUUACAACCAUCUCUUCCAACCUCACUGAGAUGUCUAAAGGUGUGAAACUGCUUGCUGCUCUCAUGGAUGAUGAAGUUGGAAGUGGAGAAGACCUCCUGAAAGCUGCUCGAACGUUGGCCAGUGCGGUCUCAGACUUGCUGAAGGCUGUGCAACCUACUUCAGGAGAGCCUCGACAGACAGUUUUGACUGCAGCUGGAAGCAUUGGGCAAGCAAGCGGGGAGCUGCUGAGACAAAUUGGAGAGAAUGAAACAGAUGAAAGGUUCCAGGAUGUUCUGAUGAGUCUGGCCAAAGCUGUUGCAAAUGCUGCUGCAAUGUUAGUGCUGAAGGCCAAGAAUGUAGCACAAGUCGCUGAGGAUACGGUCCUGCAGAACAGGGUCAUUGCUGCUGCUACACAGUGUGCGCUCUCUACUUCCCAGCUUGUGGCUUGUGCAAAGGUUGUGAGUCCUACCAUCAGCUCUCCAGUGUGUCAGGAACAGCUGAUUGAGGCAGGGAAACUGGUAGACCGUUCAGUGGAGAACUGUGUGAGGGCCUGCCAGGCUGCCACAGAUGACACCGAGUUACUGAAGCAGGUCAGUGCAGCAGCCAGCAUUGUCAGCCAAGCCCUGAAUGACCUCUUGCAGCAUGUCCGUCAGUUUGCAAGCAGGGGAGAGCCCAUUGGACGCUAUGACCAGGCUACAGAUACCAUCAUGUGUGUCACAGAGAGUAUUUUCAGUUCGAUGGGAGAUGCUGGUGAGAUGGUACGGCAGGCCAGGGUACUGGGAAAAGCCACUUCUGAUCUCGUCAAUGCCAUGAGGUCAGAUGCCGAAGCAGAAAUUGACAUGGACAACUCUAAGAAGCUUCUGGCUGCUGCAAAGCUCCUGGCAGAUUCUACAGCCCGCAUGGUUGAAGCUGCAAAGGGAGCUGCAGCCAAUCCUGAAAAUGAGGAUCAACAGCAGCGUCUGAGAGAAGCAGCAGAGGGACUGCGGGUUGCUACAAAUGCUGCUGCGCAGAAUGCCAUCAAGAAGAAAAUUGUCAACAGAUUAGAGAUUGCAGCUAAGCAAGCUGCAGCUGCUGCUACUCAGACUAUUGCAGCUUCUCAGAAUGCAGCUGUUUCAAAUAAGAACACAGCAGCCCACCAGCAACUUGUGCAGAGCUGUAAGAAUGUUGCAGACCACAUUCCUCAGUUGGUGCAGGGUGUAAGAGGAAGUCAAGCUCAGGCAGAAGACCUCAGUGCCCAGCUUGCUCUAAUAAAUUCCAGCCAGAACUUCCUUCAGCCUGGAAGUAAAAUGGUGGCAUCUGCUAAAGCUGCGGUUCCCACUGUGACUGAUCAAGCAGCGGCAAUGCAGCUAAGUCAGUGUGCGAAGAAUCUUGCUACCAGCUUAGCUGAACUGCGAACCGCCUCCCAGAAGGCUCAUGAAGCAUGUGGCCCAAUGGAAAUCGAUUCUGCUUUGAAUACAGUCCAGACACUCAAAAAUGAACUGCAAGAUGCGAAGAUGGCAGCUAUGGAUGGACAGUUAAAACCUCUCCCAGGAGAAACUCUUGAGAAAUGCGCUCAGGACCUGGGAAGUACAUCCAAAGCAGUUGGUUCAUCAAUGGCCCAGUUGUUAACUUGUGCUGCUCAAGGCAACGAGCACUACACAGGAGUUGCUGCCAGAGAAACUGCCCAGGCUUUGAAGACUUUGGCUCAGGCAGCACGAGGGGUUGCAGCAUCUACUACCGACCCUGUGGCAGCGCAUGCAAUGUUGGAUUCAGCAAGGGAUGUCAUGGAAGGCUCUGCUAUGCUUAUUCAGGAGGCGAAGCAGGCCCUGGCUGCACCAGGGGAUGCAGACAGUCAGCAGAGAUUAGCACAGGUGGCAAAAGCAGUGUCUCACUCCUUGAAUAACUGUGUGAAUUGUCUGCCUGGACAAAAGGAUGUGGAUGUGGCCUUGAAGAGUAUUGGGGAAUCUAGCAAGAAGCUCCUCGUUGAUUCGCUACCUCCAAGUUCUAAGUCAUUUCAAGAAGCUCAGAGUGAACUGAACCAGGCAGCAGCAGACCUGAAUCAAUCAGCAGGAGAAGUCGUCCAUGCUACACGGGGUCAAAGUGGGGAACUGGCUGCAGCCUCUGGAAAAUUCAGUGAUGAUUUUGAUGAAUUUCUUGAUGCUGGUAUAGAAAUGGCUGGCCAAGCACAAACUAAAGAGGACCAGAUUCAAGUAAUAGGUAACCUCAAGAGCAUCUCGAUGGCUUCCAGCAAGUUGUUACUAGCUGCCAAGUCUCUUUCUGUUGAUCCUGGAGCUCCUAAUGCCAAGAACCUCUUAGCAGCAGCAGCAAGAGCUGUGACUGAGAGUAUAAACCAGCUCAUCACGCUGUGCACCCAGCAAGCUCCCGGGCAGAAGGAAUGUGAUAAUGCACUCAGAGAACUGGAGACAGUUAAGGGAAUGCUGGAUAACCCCAAUGAACCUGUGAGCGAUCUCUCAUAUUUUGAUUGUAUUGAGAGCGUAAUGGAAAACUCAAAGGUUCUUGGAGAAUCAAUGGCAGGCAUUUCUCAGAAUGCAAAAACUGGGGAUCUUUUAGUCUUUGGAGAAUGUGUUGGAGUUGCAUCCAAGGCUCUUUGUGGCCUCACAGAGGCAGCAGCUCAGGCUGCUUACCUGGUUGGCAUCUCAGAUCCAAACAGUCAGGCUGGUCAGCAAGGUCUUGUUGACCCAAUUCAAUUUGCCAGAGCCAAUCAAGCAAUCCAGAUGGCUUGCCAGAAUUUGGUAGAUCCAGCAAGCAGCCCAUCACAGGUAUUAUCAGCUGCCACAAUUGUGGCCAAACAUACUUCCGCUUUGUGCAAUGCUUGUCGCAUUGCUUCAUCAAAGACUGCAAAUCCUGUUGCCAAGAGACACUUUGUGCAGUCUGCCAAGGAAGUUGCAAACAGCACUGCUAACCUGGUAAAAACUAUCAAGGCCCUGGAUGGUGAUUUCUCUGAAGAGAACCGUAACAAGUGCAGAAUUGCUACGGCACCUUUGAUAGAGGCUGUGGAAAAUCUGACAGCAUUUGCUUCAAAUCCAGAAUUUGUCAGUAUACCAGCACAGAUCAGCACUGAGGGAUCACGAGCACAGGAACCAAUUCUAGUUUCUGCUAAAACAAUGUUGGAGAGCUCGUCUUUAUUGAUCAAAACUGCUCGUUCUCUGGCUAUCAAUCCAAAAGACCCUCCUACGUGGUCUGUUCUAGCUGGACAUUCCCAUACUGUGUCAGAUUCCAUCAAGAGUCUUAUCACCUCUAUCAGGGACAAGGCCCCAGGCCAGCGAGAAUGUGAUUUCUCCAUUGAUGGGAUUAACAGAUGCAUCCGAGACAUUGAGCAGGCCUCCCUUGCAGCCGUCAGUCAGAGUCUGGCUACCAGGGAUGACAUCUCAGUUGAGGCUCUACAGGAACAGCUGACAUCAGUUGUCCAGGAAAUUGGCCAUCUCAUUGAUCCCAUAGCUACUGCAGCUCGAGGAGAGGCAGCUCAGCUGGGGCACAAGGUAACGCAGCUGGCAAGUUACUUUGAACCCUUGGUUUUAGCCGCAGUUGGCGUGGCAUCCAAAACACUCGAUCACCAGCAACAGAUGACAGUGUUGGACCAGAGCAAGACACUAGCAGAGUCUGCCUUACAGAUGUUGUACGCCGCCAAAGAAGGGGGAGGAAACCCCAAGGCAUCCCAUACUCACGAUGCAAUCACUGAGGCUGCUCAGCUGAUGAAAGAGGCUGUGGAUGAUAUUAUGGUUACCUUAAAUGAAGCUGCCAGCGAAGUAGGCAUGGUUGGAGGUAUGGUAGACUCGAUAGCAGAGGCAAUGAGCAAGCUGGAUGAAGGUACGCCUCCAGAUCCCAAGGGAACAUUUGUUGAUUAUCAGACUACUGUGGUGAAAUAUUCUAAAGCCAUUGCUGUAACAGCACAGGAAAUGAUGACUAAGUCGGUUACUAACCCAGAAGAGUUGGGAGGACUUGCAUCACAAAUGACCAAUGACUAUGGGCAUUUGGCUCUCCAGGGCCGAAUGGCUGCAGCUACAGCAGAACCAGAGGAGAUAGGGUUCCAGAUCAGGACUCGGGUGCAAGAACUUGGCCACGGCUGUAUCUUUCUUGUGCAAAAAGCUGGAGCUCUCCAGAUUUGCCCUACAGACAGCUACACCAAAAGGGAGUUGAUAGAAUGUGCUCGUGCUGUCACGGAAAAGGUCUCCUUAGUUUUAUCUGCCCUUCAAGCAGGAAACAAAGGCACGCAAGCCUGUAUUACUGCGGCUAGUGCUGUGUCUGGGAUAAUUGCAGAUCUAGACACCACUAUCAUGUUUGCUACUGCUGGAACCCUUAAUGCUGAGAACAACGAAUCAUUUGCAGACCACAGGGAAAAUAUCCUGAAAACAGCAAAAGCUUUAGUUGAAGAUACAAAACUGUUGGUUUCUGGUGCUGCCUCGAGUCAGGACAAACUGGCCCAAGCAGCUCAGUCGUCAGCUAACACCAUCACUCAGCUUGCUGAGGUAGUAAAAUUGGGAGCGGCUAGCUUGGGAUCUGAUGAUCCUGAAACACAGGUUGUCCUGAUCAAUGCUAUCAAGGAUGUUGCAAAGGCCCUUUCUGAUCUCAUUGGUGCUACCAAAGGAGCUGCCAGCAAACCAGCAGAUGAUCCGUCCAUGUACCAGCUGAAAGGUGCUGCCAAGGUGAUGGUAACAAACGUCACAUCGCUUUUGAAGACUGUUAAAGCAGUAGAAGAUGAAGCCACUCGAGGGACGAGAGCUCUUGAGGCUACAAUUGAGUAUAUCAAACAGGAACUCACGGUGUUUCAGUCAAGCGAGGUUCCAGAAAAGACAUCAUCACCUGAAGAAUCAAUCCGGAUGACGAAAGGAAUCACCAUGGCAACUGCCAAAGCUGUUGCAGCUGGGAACUCAUGCAGACAGGAGGAUGUGAUUGCUACAGCAAAUCUGAGCCGCAAAGCAGUAGCUGACAUGCUAACAGCUUGUAAGCAAGCAUCGUAUCACCCAGAUGUGAGUGAAGAAGUUCGAGAGCGAGCCCUGCGCUUUGGAACAGAAUGUACACUGGGAUACUUGGAACUCCUGGAACACGUUCUCCUGAUUCUUCAAAAGCCAACUCCAGAACUAAAGCAUCAGUUGGCCUCUUUCUCCAAGCGGGUUGCUGGUGCUGUUACAGAGCUCAUCCAAUCAGCAGAAGCAAUGAAAGGGACAGAGUGGGUGGAUCCAGAAGACCCAACAGUCAUUGCAGAGACAGAGCUCCUAGGGGCUGCAGCAUCAAUUGAGGCUGCAGCAAAGAAGUUAGAGCAGCUGAAACCAAGAGCCAAGCCAAAGCAAGCAGAUGAGACUCUGGAUUUUGAAGAACAGAUCCUGGAAGCAGCUAAAUCCAUUGCAGCUGCUACCAGUGCCCUCGUGAAGUCAGCUUCAGCAGCCCAGAGAGAACUGGUGGCACAGGGAAAGGUUGGAGCAAUCCCGGCAAAUGCAGCUGAUGAUGGACAAUGGUCUCAGGGACUUAUUUCUGCUGCCCGAAUGGUGGCAGCUGCAACCAGCAAUCUCUGUGAAGCAGCUAAUGCCUCAGUACAAGGCCACGCCAGUGAAGAGAAGCUCAUCUCAUCUGCCAAACAAGUGGCAGCUUCUACAGCACAGUUGCUUGUGGCUUGCAAAGUGAAGGCUGAUCAUGACUCUGAAGCCAUGAGGAGGCUACAGGCUGCAGGAAAUGCUGUCAAGCGAGCAUCAGACAAUCUUGUCAGGGCGGCCCAAAAAGCAGCAUUUGGGAAAGCAGAGGAUGAUGAUGUUGUGGUCAAAACAAAGUUUGUGGGUGGCAUUGCUCAGAUCAUUGCAGCCCAAGAAGAAAUGCUGAAGAAGGAAAGAGAACUGGAAGAGGCGAGGAAAAAACUGGCUCAGAUCCGCCAACAGCAAUACAAAUUUCUACCCACAGAGCUGAGAGAAGAUGAGGGUUAACCUGCUGAGAUUUUCUUCUUCUUUUUUU